UUUUAUUGGGCAUCCCGGAGUCUCGGCAAUGGCUCCAGGGUGACUUCUUGGUCGGUCUCUGUUUCCCCGCCCCAGCAAAGAGGCGGGGACGCGCCGGGGCUUGAGGUCUGAACCGGGAAAAUGGGCCCGCGAGCGAGGCCAGCGCUUCUCCUCCUGAUGUUCUUGCGGACCGCGGUCCCGCAGGGGCGACAGAUGCGUUCGCACUCUCUGCACUACCUCUUCAUGGGUGCCUCAGAGCGGGACCUUGGACCUUCCUUGUUUGAGGCUUUGGGCUACGUGGAUGACCAGCUGUUCGUGUACUAUGAUCAUGAGAGUCGACGAGCAGAGCCCCGAGCCCCAUGGGUCUGGAAUAGAACCUCAAGCCAACUAUGGCUGCAGCUGAGUCAAAGCCUAAAAGGGUGGGAUCACAUGUUCAUUGUUGACUUCUGGACUAUCAUGGACAACCAUAACCACAGCAAGGAGUCCCAUACCCUACAGGUGAUCCUGGGCUGUGAGAUGCAAGAGGACAACAGCACCAGGGGCGUCUGGAAGUAUGGGUAUGAUGGGCAGGACCACCUUGAAUUCUGCCCUGAGACGCUGAAUUGGAGAGCAGCAGAGCCCAGGGCUCAGGCCACCAAGCUGGAGUGGGAAGUGCACAAAAUUCGGUCCAAGCAGAACAGGGCGUACCUGGAGAGGGACUGCCUUGAGCACCUGCAGCAGUUGCUGGAGCUGGGGAGAGGUGUUCUGGACCAGCAAGUGCCUCCUUUGGUGAAGGUGACUCAUCAUGUGACCUCUGCAGUGACCACUCUUCGGUGUCAGGCUUUGAACUUCUACCCCCAGAACAUCACCAUGAAGUGGCUAAGGGACAGGCAGCCACUGGAUGCCAAGGAGAUUGAGCCUAAGGACAUUCUGCCUAAUGGGGAUGGGACCUACCAGGGCUGGAUAGCCUUGGCUGUGCCCCCUGGGGAAGAACAGAGAUACACUUGCCAGGUGGAGCACCCAGGCCUGGAUCAGCCCCUCAUUGCCACCUGGGAGCCCUUACCAUCUGACACCCUGGUCAUUGGAGUCAUCAGUGGGAUUGCUGUUUGUGUCAUUAUCUUCUUUAUUGGAGCUUUGUUCAGAAUCUUAAGGAAGAGGCAGGCUUCAAGAGAAGCCAUGGGGGACUAUGUCCUGGCUGAAUGUGACUGAUGUGCAGCCUGCAGACUCAUUGUGGGGAGGAGAAAAAACUAGAGACUCAAAGAGGGGCAUACUUGUGGAGCUCUUCAUGUUCAGGACAGAGUUGGACCUAACAGACAGAAACUGCAUGA